AUGCACACUGAUUUGUCACCCCAUUUACAUACCAACGAAUGCAAUGUUUUUAUCAAAAAAUUGAUGGACUGUCACAGCGAGCACCCAUUUAGAAAGUUCAUGGGAUACUGCAAUCACUAUGACUGGGAUAUGCGUAAGUGUUUGAAAGCUGAACGUAUUGCACGUCAAAAGGCCAACUUCCAAGAUUCUCGUAAACGGAACGCUGAAAUACGGGCUCGCAUAGCAGCAGCAACCACGGGGAGGGCUCAACAAUAA